UUGGGCAGUGAGUUUGUGUCAGUGAUGGAGGGAGAUUCUGUCACUUUAUCUGUCAGUCUUACUGAAUCACAGAUAAAAGAGGGAAUCUCCUGGAAGUUUGGACUCAAAGAUGUCCGUAUAGCUGGAGUCAUGAGAGAGGACAAUAAUGUCAGGUUAUUUGAUGAUAAACCUGAUGGGAGAUUCAGAGACAGACUGAAGUUAAACAAACACACUGGAUCUCUGACCGUCACAGACACCAGCAUCACACACACUGGACUUUAUAAAAUAUUCAACACCAAGACAAACACCAAGCUGAAAACAUUCAACAUAACUGUCUAUGCUCGUCUGCCCGUUCCUGUUAUCAGCAAAGAUUCUUCACAAAGUUCAUCAUCAUCAUCAAUAAAAUCAAGAAAAAAUCAGCAGAAAGAUGAAGAAAGCUCAAAAUGUGUGUUAUUGUGUUCAGUGUUGAAUGUAAGAGAUGUGAGUCUGUCCUGGUACAAAGGAAACAGUUUAUUGUCCAGCAUCAGUGUGUCUGAUCAAAGCAGCAUCUCUUUACAUCUGAAGGUGGAUUAUCAGGAUAACAACACAUACAGCUGUGUACUCAACAAUACCAUUGUGAAUCAGACUCAACAUUUUAACAUCAAUGAUGUCUGUCAGUCGUGUUCAGACUUCUGCUGUUGUGGUUUUACUGAAGCUGUGAUCCGAUUGGUCGUCUCUGCUCUGGUGGGUGUGGCUACUGUUGCUAUCUUGGUUUAUGACAUCAGAACCGGAUGAGAUCAGAGAUUCUGUUAAAUGAUGGAUGAAUCUGUAAUACUGUCAUCAGAUCUUAUAUAUGCCUAUAUCCUCACACAUUUGCUUUUAUUUACACUAUUCUGUAUUUUUUCAUAUUUGUGACUGUACAGAUUUGUUAUAUUUCAGCAGC